CUUCCGACUAGCAUAUUACUGCAAUAGCCCGUGUGCAUGGAGGAUUAUUACUGAAAUCGAGGAACUAUGGAUUGUUUCAUAGUUAAAUGUUUAUUUUAUAUAAUUUGCCUCUGUUUAUUGAAAGGGUACGAAACAUCGCCGAUGUUGACUGUGUCUUUAAAUGAUGUUUUCGUCGACAGCAACAUCACGUUAACAUGCUCAACUUCAACUUUACCGUUUGCUGUUGCCUGGUAUAAAACAGAUAAAGGAUCAACAACAGAGGAUAAGGUCAUUGCUCAACAAUGGCAGAAUGAAAAACCAUCAUGUCAAACCGAAAACACGGAUAUGGAAUGUUUCUGCUCGUCAUCACUGUCCUAUUCGUGUUCUAUAAAGUAUAUAAAGGCAACAAAUGACGGUCAAAGCUGGCGCUGCAAAGCUUAUUAUGGAAAUGAGUUUAUUGAAAGCAAUGUCUUCAUACUCAAAAUAUUAUUACCUCUAACGUCCUUAACCAUUCUACCAGCGACUCAUUUUGCGUACCCUGUUUCCAAUAUCGUGUCGAACUUCACAUGCAUCACUUCUAUGAGCCGGCCUGCUGCUACUAUUCAAUGGUUCAAUGACAUCGGAAACAUUACAAACCUUACUACAUAUCUGUACAAUGAUGACGGCGCAAAAAGUGUUUUGCAAUAUACUUGGACCGAUCAUGGAUACAGUGUCGACUAUUUAUCCUGUGUUGCGAGUUACGAGUUCAAAUCCAUCAGAAAUAUUCUAACAGCUAACAUCAGCAUUCGAGUACAGUUCCCCGUUUCUGAGCCAAUAGUGACUAUCAACAAUCUGAGUACCUCAACUGCGUUUGCAAUACGAGAGGGUAGACACGUACAUUUCAAGUGUUCCUCUUUCGGAUAUCCACAGCCGUCUUAUAACUGGACCUACCCUAAUGGACGGUCGUCCGGUUCCCUUCUAAAUAUAACAUUCGCCCGUAAUAACAGUAAUGUGACAUGCAAGGCAUUUAACGUUAUGCAAACAUUAGAUGGAACAACCAGCGCCCAACAUACAGAGAAGAUAAGAGCAUUGAAUAUAAACGUACUGUAUCCGCCAAUCAUAACGAACGUUUUCUACAAAGGCAAGCAUGCAGAAAUCAUUGAAAGUACAAUAAAAAUACUGCGAGGUGACAACAUCAACAUUGUCUGUAAAAGUGUCGCCAAUCCCCCGGCUUCUGUUUUCUGGCAUGGGCAACCGAUUAAUGCAUCUACACUAGAAGUAACUAGUGUACAGCAUGACACUGUAUGGUCAUGCCAAGCUACAAAUUCCAUGACUGAAUUUGAUAACACCACAUCAAUAGCUUCUGUUACAAGAAACGUAUCCGCUAGAGUAUUGUAUGGUCCUGGCGUUCCUACAAUCACGUAUACAAUUCCACCAAACUCAGAUACACGUGUGAAUGCGGCAAAUGAAUCAGUAAAAAUCAUAGAAGGAAGUACCAUCAUAUUGUUGUGCUCCGUUGAUAGCGUUCCGAUCUCGACAUACUCCUGGUAUCCCGGACACGAAGGGAGUACUCGAACGAUAGUCAAUGUCACGCGAACAACGAACACAAUAUACACGUGCACCGCAAAGAAUUUUAUGAAUACAUCAUUUAGGGAAACUGUUAUUGGCAGCAACUAUUCUUCAGCAAACCUUGAUAUACUAUAUGUUCCUGCGAACAUAGAAGUAAAGUACAACAACGUCACACUAUUUGAACGCGAACUGAAAGUCAUCGAAGGAUGGUCGUUCACAAUAUUAUGUUCGGUUACGAGUAAUCCAACGUCUCGAUAUUCUUGGUUUGGUCCUGUAGAUGGAGAUGGGGAAGUUUUGUUCAUACAGAAUAUGAGAACUAACAUGAACAGAAGUGUAACAUGUAGAGCCGACAACACAAUGGUUGAUAGUGUUGGAAAAAGUGUGAUCGGGGAAACACAUGUCACCUUUUCACUUGACGUGUUAUACUCACCCAAAGUUCAACGUUUACAGAACCAAACGGUGCUACUUAACACUUCUCGCACAGUUGUGUGCAAUUUGACCGAUGUUGGUAAUCCGCCAGCCUCAAACUUUUCAUGGAUAAGGAAGGACAUUGGCAGAGUGGUGGGUACUGGAAAAACACUUAUAAUAAACAACAUUAGAUUGACAGAUGAAGGGGAAUACCAGUGCAAUGCUUCGAACAGAAUGCAACCAAUAACUAAUGAAGUGCUAUACGGAUUAAGUCAGUCGACAGUCUAUGUAAAUGUUGAAUACGGAGCAUAUGUACGGGAAUUCAAAUCAAAUCAAUCACACAAUAGCAUCGCUGUUAACCAGGGUGAGACAGUAGAUCUGUUGUGUGAUGCAGAUGGUGACCCCGAGCCUGUGCUUCGUGUAAUAAAAACUACCCGUGGAUAUGAAAGCAUCUUGGUUGAAAUAAAAGGACGUGCAGCUAAAUAUCGAAUUCAACAAGCACAAUGCGAAUAUGAUACUGGAAACUACACAUGCUUGGCUGACAAUCGUUAUAACGAAGGGAGACAGUUAUUUGCUCUUUUAGUUUACUGUGUACCGAGAGCAUCGCCAUUUUCUCUUCCAACUACAACAUUGUCCAGCGCACCGAACGACUCUGUGUUGUUCACAUUCACAAUAAUUGCAUAUCCUAAACCGACUUCACAAGAUGUAAUUUGGUACAAGCGAGAGAAUGAUAGUUGGAGGGUUUUAUCAGAUGACAACAACUUCCUGAUCACACUCUCUGAUGAUAGCAUGCAGACACAGCUAAAUAUAUUCCAUGUGCAACGUGAAGAUUAUAGAGACUACAUGGUGAACGUUUCUAACAAACUGGGUUCAACGAUGGAAGUGUUCACUUUAAAAGCGCAGUCUAAACCGGAAAUUCCGAAAGAAUCGCAAAUAAGCAGAAUAGGGAAAACGGAACUGAUCGUCGAAUGGAUUCCAGGUUUCAAUGGCGGGGAAAAUCAAACAUUUACUAUAAGGUACAAAGUAUUAGGCGAUGGCAGCUGGAUUAUUAUUCCCAUAAACGUUUCGAAACAUAUAUGGACAAUCGAUGGGUUAGCGUCUGGAAUUACUUACCAAAUUCAAAUACGGGCUCAAAACAAAAUUGGAGAGUCGGAUUGGACUCAAGCAAUAAACAUAACGACGCUCGUCGAUGCAGUUGAUAAGGGAUCUUCAUCUGCUAUUGGGGGUUCGAUUGGUGGUGCUGCAGGAGUUGUAUUAAUCGUCGCCGUUAUAGUUGUUAUAUGGAGACACAGAAUAAAAGGGCUAAACGCAACACACCAAUGCCUAGUGAAUAGGAACUCGGUUGGGCGGUAUGAAGAUCUGGUCAGAGAACAGGGCAACAACGACACCUCUACAACAGACGGAAGUUAUGAAACCUGUAGAAUCGACUCAUCCCACGUCCGUCAUACCAAUCAGUACGAAACACUUGAGGAGCUUGAAUGUCGCCAAUACUUAAGGAUUUCGGCCUGUAUUUCUCAACAAGUCAAUACUUCGUCUGCAAAGAUAUCUGCAUCGUGUCAAACUGAUGAGUCAGCAAAUAAUCCGGAAUACGUAAAUUUACAGCUGUUUACUCAAUGACUUUACCGAAUGUGUUGCCUAGUAAUUGUAUAUAGAUUUAAUGCUUUUUAUAAUCGGAUUGGAUCACUUUUAUGUGUAUCAAUUUGAAUUUGUUGGUGUAAAAUAUACCAUUCAUAUUGCAUAAUGUGUUAUAUUCAGUUUGUUUUCAGUAUUACCCUGCAUUAUAUGAACAAAUGGCCUCCGGUGUUGUUGUUUACGUAGGGAUUUUAGCAUCUGCUUAAUAUAUAUAGUAAUAUAUAGCACCAAUAUUUAUUUGUGUACUUUCUUUGAGUUUACAUUAUUAAAAAAAUGUAUAAUGCACAUAACAGAAAAUCGCUCUCUCAUGGACAGUUAUGUUAAAAUUUAAAUCAGUUCACCUGAUAUUUAAAUAUGUAUUUAAAGUGUUCUCGUUGUAUCUAAAACUCUGGUAUAUAUAUCGUUCCAAAUAGCUGCGAGUUUGCGUUUUAUCAUUCAACUAGUGAUUGUUUUUAUGCUAAACAACGUUUUCUGAUACUUUUUUAAAACCAGGGUUGACAAAUAAAAAGAAAGUUAAGUGAAAUUGAUUUAUUUAAAACUCAUGCUUUUUGAAAGUUUCUGAAAAUUAUGUACUCGACAUU